AUGGAAACAUAUGCAAUUGUGCUCAUAUUUUUAGGUUCCGUGGCCGGAGUGCUACUCCUAUUUUACUGUUUACAUCACAAUAGUAGCCGGGAAAAGAAUCAUGUGGUGCCUCGUCGGCCGUUGAAUAGUGGUGCGGAGAAUGGUGGCAUGGUUUUUCUUGGACUGGGAGGAGCUUUUGCCGCCACCGUUGCCGCUGCUGAUGUAAUUAACGGAGCUAGUUGUGAUGGCGCCGUUGGUGGUGGGGACUCUGGUGGUCAUGAUUGUGGCGGUGGAGAUGGUGGUGGCGGCGGCGGCAGCGGAGGUUGUGGAGGUUAA